AUGUCGAGCCUUCACAAUAGGUUCAAUGACAAUGUGCAAGGUGAGACUCUGGAAUUACAAGAAGGUCGCGAGAUGGUACGUCAGCUGAGUCCAUUAACGAGUGUGAAAGACCCCAAGAACGAGACGGUUUACGUUGUGGAUGAGGCCCAGUCCGAUAUCACCGAGGACGAUGAGGAGACGUGGGAAGGGGACGUCGAGAAACUAAGCAACUCGCCGUACCCAGAAGUCCGCGCAACAGUUCCAGUGGAAGACGACCCCACCAUUGUGCUCAACCACUGGAGAACCUGGUUCCUCACUACCGUGUUCGUGGUGGUCUUUGCGGGCGUCAACCAGUUUUUCUCUCUGCGGUACCCAUCUCUGUCCAUCAACUUCCUGGUCGCACAGGUUGUGUGUUAUCCCGUUGGUAAGAUCUUGGCCCUUUUGCCUCAUUGGGAUUGUCCCCGCGCACCAUUUUUCAACUUGAACCCUGGCCCCUUCACUAAGAAAGAGCAUGCAGUGGUUACCAUCGCAGUGGCGCUGACCUCUAGUACGGCCUACGCCAUGAAUAUCCUGAUCGCUCAAACCAACUUCUACAACAUGCAGCUGAACGCGGGAUACCAAAUCAUGCUUGUUUGGACUACUCAAAUGCUGGGCUAUGGGGCAGCCGGUUUGUCACGUCGCUGGAUUAUCUCUCCAGCAUCUUGCGUCUGGCCCCAAACUCUCAUCUCAGUCUCGCUCUUUGAUUCUUUGCACAAUACCGCGAUUGACAAAGCUCUCGUUAAUGGCUGGAACAUGUCUCGUUACAAGUUUUUCAUGAUAGUUUUCAUCGGAAGUUUUGUGUGGUUUUGGGUUCCAGGCUUUCUGUUCCAAAGUUUAUCUUACUUCAAUGUGGUUCUUUGGGGUCCAAAGACAAGACACAAUUUCGUUGCUAAUGCGAUCUUCGGUGUCGAAAGCGGUAUCGGAGCCCUCCCUAUUACCUUUGACUAUACCCAAGUUUCUCAAGCCAUGGCGGGGUCAGUAUUUGCGACCCCAUACUGGGUGUCUGCAAACACUUGUGCCUCUGUCGUUAUUUUUUUCGUCAUCAUCUUGCCAGCAUUGUAUUUCACCAACACUUGGUAUGCUAAGUACAUGCCAUUGAUCUCGGGCUCAACGUAUGACAACACACAGCAACACUACAACGUUACCAAAAUUUUGAACCCUGAUUUUUCAAUCAACCUCGACAAAUACAAGGCCUAUUCUCCUUUAUAUGUGCCUUUCUCUUACUUGCUGAGUUACGCCCUCAAUUUUGCUGCUAUUGUUGCUGUUUUUGUUCACUGUGGUCUUUACCAUGGCAAAGACAUGUGGGCGAAGCUGAGAAACAAGAACCACGGUGGACACGAUAUUCAUAUGCGAACCUACAUGAAAAAUUACAAAGAAUGUCCAGAUUGGUGGUAUAUUGUUUUACAAGUUAUCAUGCUGGGCUUAGGUUUUGCAACGGUAUGCGGAUUCGACUCUGGACUGCCCGCCUGGGCAUUCGUCGUUGCUUUGCUAAUUUCCUUUGUCAACUUUGUGCCCCAAGGGUUAUUAGAAGCUGUCACAAAUCAGCAUGUCGGAUUAAACAUUAUCACAGAGCUCAUUUGCGGUUACAUGCUACCGCUCCAACCAAGAGCCAAUGUUUUAUUCAAGCUGUACGGAUUCAUUGUUCAGAGACACGGAUUGGAUAUGAGCAGAGAUCUCAAAUUGGCUCUUUACAUGAAAAUCUCCCCGCGACUAAUUUUUGCUAUUCAAGUCUACGCUUCUCUGAUUUCAGGUCUAGUAAAUGUUGGUAUUCAAGAAUGGAUGCGAUCCAACAUCACAGACAUCUGUUCGUCGGAUCAAUCCAGUGGCUUCACAUGCAAUGAUGGUCGGACCAUUUUCAACGCUUCAAUCAUCUGGUCCAUGCCAAAAUACUUGUUUUCACCUGGUCGCAUUUAUAACCCAUUGCUAUGGUUCUUUUUGAUCGGUCUGAUUCUGCCGCUUCUUGUUUUUGGAUUGCAAAAGAUGUACAAGAAAAACCAAUUUCUGAAAUAUAUUCACACUCCAGUGUUUUUUACGGGGCCUGGCAACAUCCCUCCCAGCACACCCUACAACUACACCCUUUUCUGGGCUAUGUCCUUUGCUUUGAAUAGUAUUAGAAAGAGGUGGCCCAGGUGGUUCAGCAAGUACAACUUCGUGAUGGGUGCUGGCGUGGAAACAGGAGUGGCCGUGGCCGUAGUCAUCAUCUUUCUUUGCGUUCAAUACCCUGGUGGUAAGCUAGAUUGGUGGGGGAACAGUGUGCACAAGAAUACUUAUGAUCAUAACUACAAAAAGUUCUACACCCUACAAGAAGGUGAAACUUUUGGCUACGAUAAGUGGUGGUGA